AUGACAGACAAACUCGAUUACAAUGCCGUUGCUUAUCGGGCCCCCAAUGAUGGCGAUACCACAAGUUUCCGAUCGGCGAACACCAAUCGGCCCGAUGAGGAGGCCGCAAAGGAUCCCGGGGUCGCUCCAUUAAAGCGCCAGCUACGCUCAAGGCAUUUGCAGAUGAUUGCAAUUGGGGGCAUUAUUGGUCCUGGGCUGCUUGUCAAUUCUGGAAAUGCGCUACAUCAAGGUGGACCAGCAGGCGCGCUCAUCAGCUUUUGCUUGGUUGGCAUUAUUGUGUUUUUUGUUAUGCAAUCUCUUGGCGAGAUGGCUACUGUUAUUCCGGUCUCGGGCUCAUUUACCGAGUAUGCAGAGCGUUUUGUCGAUGAUUCUCUUGCAUUUGCGCUGGGUUGGGCAUAUUGGUGGCUCUGGGUGACGGUUCUUGCCAACGAAUACAACGCAAUCUCGCUGGUCAUUGGAUACUGGACUGAUACCGUACCCCAGUGGGCAUGGAUCCUUAUAUUCUGGGUGCUGUUUCUGGGUCUAUCGAAUCUGGGUAUUCUGGCAUACGGCGAGAUGGAAUUCUGGCUCUCUCUCAUCAAAGUUCUAGCCCUGAUUGUCUUUUUCAUUCUUGCAAUCUGCAUCAGCUCUGGUGGUAUUGGUCCGCAAACGAUCGGAUUCAAGUACUGGGAUAAGCCUGGCGCGUUUGCAGAUGGCAUCAAUGGUGUUGCCGAAACUUUCGUCGUGGCGGGUACACUCUAUGCAGGCACUGAAAUGGUUGGAAUCACUGCGGGCGAAUCAUCAAAUCCUCGGCAUGCAGUGCCGAGGGCAAUCAAGCAGGUCUUCUGGCGCAUUCUGAUAUUCUACAUUGGUACAAUAUUCUUCAUUGGAAUUCUCAUGCCGUACAACGACAGACGCCUGCUGGACUCGGCCUCCAAAACUGCUAGUUCACCCUUGACCAUUGCCUUGACUGACGCCGGGAUUCUACCGGCAGCACAUCUCAUCAACGCCUUGAUUGUGGUGAGUGUGAUCUCGGCAGGCAACAGCUCACUAUACGUUGGAUCCCGCAUCCUACGGUUCAUGGCACAUAAUGGAAAGGCGCCACAGUUCAUUGGUCGCACCAAUCGUGCUGGCGUGCCCUGGGUGGCUCUGAUCUUUACCAAUGUUUUUGCCUGCAUUGUCUUCCUGUCGCAGUCAUCUAGUGCAGGAACAGUAUUCGAGGCUUUGGUAACCCUUUCUGGAGUGGCCACUUUCAUCGUCUGGGCUACCAUCACCGUUGCUCAUAUACGCUUCCGACGCGCCCUCGUUGCACAAGGCCAAGAUCCCUCGAAACUCCCCUACAAAGCGGUGCUGUAUCCCUGGGGCACAUAUUUUGCGUUGGCAGCCAACAUCUUCCUGGUUUUCUUCCAGGGCUACACCUGCUUUCUGAGCCCGUUCAGCGUGUCUGACUUUGUGAUCAACUAUAUUCUGCUGGUGGUCUUUGCGCUAUUUGCGGUUGUAUACAAGUUCUGUAACAAGACCCGCUUGGUCCGGCUGGAGGAUAUGGAUAUCUGGACUGGGAGGCGCGAGUACCCAGAGAUGGAGGAACAGUCACGCCCGAAAACAGUAUGGUGGUCACGCAUUUUUUCGGUGGUUGUUGGGUAG